AGAAUACUAGUAGCUUUACCAAUUAUAAAUUAUUGGACUUUUUGAUUUCACACAGGAAUACUGUGUCUAGUGAUAAUUCUUGUGCCUUAUUAAUUUAUUUUAGGUGAUAAAAAUGAAGCUUUUAGAUUCUACUUAUUCAUUAUAAAGGACGUUAAAAAUGGAGGGUAUUUAUAAAAUCAAUUUAAUACCCAAUGAUCUGAGUAUGGAAGGGACCAUCUAUCAGAUCGCUGAUACCUUAGACAAUCUGAACGGAAUAGUUGACGACGUGUUCACUCGUAUAAUGAACAGAAUAAAUAUAAACACUGAAAAGACGUCCAAACUCCAGGAAAGGAUCACUUUAUCGAGAGCUAAAGUGGAGAAACUUGCUGGUAUGCAGAAGGCAAUUAAAGUGUUUUCCAGUGCUAAGUAUCCAGCUUCGAUCGAACAUGAGAAUUACCAGUCAAUUUUCGAUACAAACUGUUACCACUACGAAUCUAAUAGAAAGAUUACUCUGAGUGGGAAGUCUCAGAGGCAGUCGAAUGAUAAAUCGAUUCAGGAAAUGCUGCACUUCUUCCACGUGAAAGUAGCUGAAUCUAAAACGGCGAAACCUAAGCAGGAUUUCAAUUUGAAAGCUGUAGUGAACGAUGUGUCGACUGUGGGUGAACUUUUGGUUUACAACACUGAUGUGAGCCCUUACUGUGCCGCCCCGAACAAAACGGCCGCCUACGUUCCCAGAGUGAGUGCACACGUGGAGAAAAACGUUUUGGAAGAAGCACCACCGUCUAUCAUGAACAGGAAUAUCUUGAAAAGGGAAAUCGACGAAUACAUGUACGCGCCCGGCAUGGGAAUGGUACCAGAGCUGGACAUGCCACUCGAUCUACCGCAUUUGCCCGGGAUCGCCGGGGACGUACAGUUUCUGAUAACGAGCGACGGUUCUAUUGCACCAUCAGCGAUCACAUCGCCAGUUACCCCGUCGAACAUGGUGCCAGAACUAGAACUGCCCGAGCUUCCAGAUUUGCAAGACAUUAAUAAUGCAGUGCCGGAUAUAACAGACGCACCCCCGAUUUUAACUUCUCCCGCGCCUGUACCACCUACCAUGCCGGGGCCAUCUGACAUGCCCAAGCCACUCGGCAUGCCGGAACCAAUUAGCAUGCCUGGACCGUUUAGCGUGCCUGGACCACCUAACAUGCCCGUGCCACCGCCUCCGCCGCCACCACCGCCACCGCCGAUGGAUAUCCAACCAAGCAAGGAUAGCAAGCAGCGAGCGCAGACCGCGCCCGCAUCCGCUCCCGUUGGGGACGCACACGCAAGCCUCAUGGCCGCCAUCCGACAGGCGGGAGGAGUGGGCCGCGCCAAGCUGAAGCCGGCCGCAGACACCGUGGCGGAAAACGGUGCCAAGCCGGUCGGCGGGGACCUGAUGGCGGAUCUACACGCGAAGCUGUCGAUGCGGCGGCGCGGGAUCUCCGGCGCCGAGAGGUCAGGUGGGACCCUGUUACAUACAUUGGCUAGUGUGAUACCGGAGCCGACGGAGUCUUCGCCUCAACAAUCCUCCAGCGGUGAAGACUGGGAGUAGUACAGAGGUGCGAAAGAAGAGAAUCAAAAGUACUUUGUUGUACACCAAGAAACAGACAAUAUAACAGAACAAACCGCGGGGUAGAAGUCAGAUAUCUAAGCAUUUAGAAUUUGAAGCAUUUCUAAAAUCUUUUUUUUUGUCCGAAAAAACAUAUUUGAAUGUCUUAAGUUGACAUUCAAAUAUGUUUUUUCGGACAUAAAGUGCCAGAAUAACAUAACGGUACAGAGAUAUUCCUGAGAGGAGACCCAAACCGUAUAGAUGCCGGCAAUGGGUUAAUCAAUACUGAUGAUGAUGACUGUAAAAAUAUAUUCAAAUUUAAAUUCAAAAUUCA